AUGUCGUCUAUGCGAAAUGCCGUCGCGCGGCGACCUCACCGUGAGCGCGCUCAGCCAUUAGAGCGUCGCCGUCUCGGUCUUCUCGAGAAGCACAAGGAUUACUCCCUCCGAGCCAAGGACUUCAAUAAGAAGAAGAAGCAGCUCAAGAACCUCCGCGACAAGGCGUCCGAGCGAAACGAGGAUGAGUUCUACUUCGGUAUGAUGUCCCGCAAUGGGCCCGGAUCAAGAGUCCAGGAUGGCAAGCGAUGGUCCGGAACAGUUCACGGAGAUCGAGGAAACAAGGUCAUGGACGUUGAUACCGUGCGGCUUCUCAAGACUCAAGAUAUCGGCUACAUUCGAACGAUGCGACAGGUUGUUGCGAAGGAGGUUGCCAGGUUGGAAGAGCAGGUAGUCCUCACACGAGGAUUCGACAAACUCGACGAAAACGAAAACGAAAACGAAAACGAGGAGAACGAGGACAGCGACUCCGAAUUUGAUUUUGCCACAGCCCCUUCAAAACCCAAGGCACCCCGAAAGAUUGUAUUUAUGGAAAACGAAGAGGAGCGCGAGGAAACAAUAGGCGACCAACUAGACCUGGAGGACGAAGACGACGCGGACAAGGCCUCUGAAGGUGGCGGCGAAAAGAAGGAAGGCGAUCCAGCUUUUGAGCGCGCCAAGGCCCUCCGACGUCUUCGACGUCAACUCGAGAAUGCGCGCAAGAAGCUCAAGGCCCUCACAGACGCCGAGGGUGAACUCGAGAUCCAGCGGGCAAAGAUGGCCAAGACAGCGACGUCGGGAGGAACCACACGCAAAGGAGGAAAGAAGAUUAUGGUACGGACGCGGAAGAGAUAA